UGUGGCCCUUGUGGCUAAAGGGAUCAUGGGGUAUGGAGAGGAGGCAGGAGUUGGAUGAUCAGCCAUGAUCAUAUUGAAUGGCGGUGCAGGCUCGAAGGGCCGAAUGGCCUACUCCUGCACCUAUUUUCUAUGUUUCUAUGCAUCCACCUUGGGUUAAUAUAACGCCAGGUUCUGAAGCCGUGACACUGGGAGGCUUCAGGGAACCAGAAUACUAAUGAUCACCACGGCAACUGUAUCCAGCCGACAAGGAAAUGUUUGAAACUUUAAAUGCUUCCCCUCCAGACAGAAUAAUCAGUCGGGUUACCCAAUUUGUGUGUGCGCGGGAGGUGUGCUUGUGAUGCAGUGUGGACAUUCCGUUACACAGCCAGAUGAAGGUAUUAUGCAAACCUCAGGCGUAAACAGGAACUAUCGGUCCGCCUGACCUACAGAAAGACGACGCAAGCAGCAAGAGGAGAACAGGCAGCUGCCAAAAGAUAUAAAAAACUGGGGCUCGUGUUCUGCACGUCAUCAUUCAACCUACAGCCAACUUCAGUAGGAAUAGCUAGCCACUAAAGUCACUCCCUCUGAGCCAAACCUCCACAGUUCCCACACUGACACUCAAGAUCUCGCUUCAGACUGAAAGAGCACGAGCUCAGCAACAUUACAUCCUCACAGACGGGGAUGUUUUUGGAUUAACCAGCUACUGGGUGCAGACUCUUCUGGUUGGAGGCACCUUUUGGAAGGAACACUUCUGGUGGAAGAUACCCCUCGCUUCAAAAUCAGGGGAUACAAUGCUCCUCGACAGUUUAAUACACUGAGUAGCAGUUCCGUGGCCUGGCCGUGAUGGGUAGCAGACCGAGCAAGUCAAGGCGCUUCUCCAAUGCAGUGAUUCCAUCCACCAUGAACAACCAACCUUCAAACGAUAUGAGUCAAAUUAUGGUGGUGGUGGCCUUGUACAAUUAUCCUUCGUCUUCCGAUGUUGAACCCAUCAUCACUGUGGGAGAGAGGUUGAAUGUCAUUCACAAUGAAGGCGAUUGGUGGAAAGUAGUGUCCUUGGCGACUGGGAAAGAAUGCCGCAUCCCUUGCAGCUACGUGGCAAAGGUGUAUCACAGGUGGCUGUUUGAAGGCAUCAGCAGAGAGAAGGCCGAGGAGUUGCUCUUGUUGCCGAGCAACCAGUCUGGGGCCUUCAUGAUCCGAGACAGUCAAACCAGGAAAGGUUUCUAUUCGUUGUCCAUCAGGCGAUCCAACAUUGCAACCUGGGACUCGAUCAAACACUACCGCAUUAACCGCUUGCCCAACGGAUGGUUCUACAUCUCUCCACGACUCACCGUUCCAUCUCUGCACGACAUGGUGGACUAUUACUCAGAAUCCGGUGAAGGACUGUGCUGUAUGUUGAGGGAACCAUGUCACAUCCAGGGAGUACGAGCCCCCCAGCAACAUCACCCGGACCCCAUUAUAGUGCAGAACCCUCAGCUGAACUGGAACGAGAUGGACAGCUCCGUUUUGAUAAACAACGACAAAGAAUCGGAAGAGGAGUCGCCCGUCAGCGUGGGAUUGCGGGAAGCCAUCAACUCUUACCUGUUCAUGACCGAGGAGAUGGGGCUGGAUGAGAUGAGCAACAAGAAGACUCGGUUGAAAAUGCUGCAAACUCGGCUGCAGAAUAGCCAAAGGCAAGCCGGCCACAACCUUGUUGGCAACCUCAGUGGCAGUGACUUCAGCUCUGCCAGAUACUAAUGCCAGAUGUGAAGAGGAUGGCCUGCCCCUGCCACAGACUUCAUUGUACUCACUUUAAUUUAUUUACAGUUUAUUAUUUGGAUGCAGUUGAGCUGCCUCUUGUUACUUUUUUUAAUUAUUUUCCUUAACGAAAGAAACCACGUUGCUUGGUUGUGGUAUUGGAAUCCAAAAUGGCUUACCAUGAGAUGAAAGGCUUUAAAAUGGCUGCCAAAGAUCACAUCACAUCUUGCCUCAACCACUUGGUGGACUUUAAGAACAGAAUUGUUAAAGAGAAAGGAAGAAAAUCAAACCUAUUUUAACUGCAUUUAUAAUUUUGCCAGGGUGAUGCUUGUUUAAACCUCCAAGGAGAAUAAUUCCUGACACCAAGAACUGCAGAUGCUGGAAUCCUGAGUAAAUCACAAAGUGCUGGAGUAAUUGUGACCCCCCCCAUUCUUGGAACCUUGCAUUGAAUUGUUUUGCAGUGACUUGCACUCUGCAUUUAUUUUACACUCUGUCAGAUCCCACAACUGAUUGAGAAAGAGUGAUUGCAAUGUUGCUGUCUUACAGCACUAGAGACCCGGGUUUGAUCCUGAGUACGGGUGCUGUCUAUACCAAGUUUGUACAUUCUCCCUGUGACUGCAUGCAUUUUAUCCAUGCGCUCCGGUUUUCUCCCACACUCCAAAGACACACAGGUUUGUAGGCUAAUUGGCUUCUGUAAGUUGUAAAUUGUCCCUAGAGUGUAGGAUUGUGUUAGUGUUUGGGGUAAUCACUGAGGGGAAGAUACAGAGUAGAGACUAUAGUUCUUAGCGUAGUAACGCACCAGUUCCAUGGACAGAGUCCUAUG